AUGGUGUAUCUCAUUUUGACUUUUGUAAUUAAGGUUAUAUCAUUUGACUUUCUGCUACCCACUUUAAAUUCAACGUGUAUGACUGACUUUGUUGCAUUUAACUUAGAUUCACACGACAUCACAUACAUAAUAAUUUCUGAAUGUUAUACAAAAAUACCAAAUUAUAAACAAUUGAUUUCUGCUUAUAAUUUAAAAGCUAUUUGUUAUGUAAGUUCAUCCAAUUUCUUCAUUCAUAAAGACGGACACAAUAUCACCCGUUGUGGUCAAUGGCUUACAGUGACUGGUCCAAGUCAAAAGAGUUUCCAUUGUAUGGUAGUGGGUUCAGCAGUAAUGUUUUACCAAAACCAAAAUAUAGAAAAAAAUGGAGAAACGGUGGUUGAAGUUCCAAACAACCUUUUCCUCUUUGGAACUGGACAAUUGAAACAUGUAAGAGAUUCUUUGUAUCAAGCUACUGUUUCUGUUGGUGAUUAUUUGGCAUAUAUUAAGCCAAGUCUUGUUAUUUUGAAUAUGACUCAACAUGAAGCAAUUGUUCAAGUAUUUAAUUUGAAUAAACCAGUUGAGAUGAUUGGAAUGAACUACAUUUCAUACAUCAAAAGAAAAGACGACACCUUCACUUUAAAACGUCCUCUCAACUCAUCUGAAAUUAAAAUUAUUUCUUUGGAUUUUGAAAAAGUUGUAAUGCCAACAAUACUUGAAAAAGUUGGUUUUAUUGCUACAGCAACAACUUCUUUUCAGCAUUUUAAUAUGACCAAAUGUAAAUUUAUUGCAUCUCCUUUGUUAUAUUCCGAAAAACAUCAGAUCACAAAUCCGAUGUUAUUAUGGUACUUUUAUAGAGUUAAUUACAGAUUUCAAUCUGAGUUACUUGACUUCAUUAAACCGGUUAUAAUUACUCGAGAAAAUGAUAAAGAAGUGAUGUUGACUAUGAUAUACGGUUCAGCCUUUUUAAUGUCACAAGAUUUUAGGCAAUUGAAGUGCAAAUUGGAGGUGAACUUUACAAUCGAAAUUAUUGAUAUCAAACUCAUGUUGAUAGCAAAUGUAGAAACUGCUAAAAAUUCUGAUGGUUUUGUUAUUGUUCGAAAGAAUAUGACGUAUACUUAUAAACAAACAAAUGACACUGUUUAUAUCUUGAUUGCGAUGGAUAAGAGUUGUAAAGAGUUUUCAAAUGGGAUUGAAAUCGGCUACAAAAGUACACCAGGAGAUGUUUUAAAACUUAAAGAUACAUAUUUUGAUAUUGGAGAAGACGUGCAAAAGAUUGAACAAUCUGAUUAA